UGCCAGCAAAUUUCUGUUUUUCUUUGACGAAACGUGGCAUGAAAGUAUGUGCUGUUGGCACUUCUCUCAAAUGUAUAUUGUUCUUCUUAUGAAAUAAUUAUUUCGUUGUCGUAAGUGACACGAAAUCAGUCGUGAAAAAAGCAUGAAGUGGUACAUAAUAUUUGCAGCAUUUGCUGCUUUUGUUUUUACUACAUAUGCAGAAGAAGAAGAAGAAACUGCAAGAUUAUUAAUAUCUAAACAAUUACUUAAUAAAUAUCUUGUAGAAAAUAUGGAUAUUGUAAUCAAAUAUACAGUUUAUAAUAUUGGAAGUGCAGCUGCUUUAGAAGUUGAAAUCACAGAUAAUUCUUUUCAUCCUGAUCAUUUUACUCAUGUUAGUGGAGAAUUAAAUGCAAGAAUUGAUCGUGUUCCACCUUAUACAAAUGUUAGUCAUACAGUUGUUGUGAGGCCACGUAAAUUUGGAUAUUUUAAUUUCACAUCAGCAGAAGUUUUAUAUAGACGUAAAGAAGAUGCUCCUAGUUUACAAUUUGCUGCAAGUAGUGAACCUGGUGAAGCAGUAAUUGUAUCAUUUAGAGAUUAUGAUAAACAAUUUUCUUCACAUGUGGUUGACUGGGCUGCAUUUGCAGUAAUGACAUUACCAUCAUUAGCUAUUCCUUUUGCAUUAUGGUAUUCUAGUAAGAGCAAAUAUGAAAAAUUGCUUAAAACUACAAAGAAACAUUAAUCAUAUAUUUAUUUUAAAUCAUUCAAAAAACUUUUUUCAUAUUGUUGUAAAAAAUUUAACUAUCCUAUUUUCUGUAUACAUUUACU